AUGAGACCUGAAGAGCGGAUGACGCUCCGUGCAGUCCGAGAUGAGAUGCGACUGCGAAAAACGGGAAUCGCGCGCUUUAACAAGCGGUGGCGCUCGUGGGCCCAAAAUCGGGUACGCCAGUUUCGCCUGCCUUUGCCCGUAACACUUACUUCCGACACCGCAUUGAUGGAUGCAAACUACAUCACUGCAUGUGUGCAGAAGGCGGCAGCACUUCGGAAACACGAUGUGAAGCUCUGGUUCGGCUACUCCAAAAGGAUUCUCGAACUUCGGGAAGAACUGCAACCAGAUCAGCUGGGCUACAUCAUGUGGGGCUACGGCAAGAGCAGCUUUCUCGAUGCGAGCUUCUACAGGGAGAUUCUCCCGACGAUCAAGGAGCAAGUUCCUAACUUCCAAUCCCAUGCGCUGAUGUCAUUGAUGUGGUGCUUGAAACGAAUCCGCUGGCACGACGGCCGAUUGAACCGGGCGGCGGCGCAGCACGCCCUGGACAGUGUCGAGGCCCUACGGCCGUCGGACUUUAUCAAGGUCACCAAUGCCCUGGCGCAGCUCGGACUGCGCGACCCAGGCCUGCGCGAGGCCUUGUCCCGCGUCGCUGUGCCGAAGCUCGAAGAGACGUUUGCGCAGCAGUUCCGGGACGCUGUGAACCCCGUCACCAUUGGAAGGCUUUGGAACGAUGAGGUCACGGCGUAUCUUCUGGAGCGCUUCCGGAAGAUCUUCAUCACAGCCCGGCCCAUGCACCUGUUGAAAGCGUACGAGUCGGCCGUGGUGUGCCGCAUUCAGAGACCUCAGGUUUGGCGGAUGCUUUCAAAGGACUCCAAGUCCUUCUACGUGCGGCUCUCGCAGAGGCAUAUCGCUGACAAGGGCAAAGAGCCGUCCCAGCUGCACUGGGACGUCUCGCGGCUCUUGGCGGACCUGGGAGAGGCUCAUCGCAACUCUUUCCGUUGGGGACCUCUUUACAUCGACAUCGGCCUGGAACAGAUUGAGGUGGAUGAAAGGAGGCGCUGUGUGAUGGUCGAUGGUCCGUCCUCGUUCUUCUACUGUGGAGCCCUUGGAACUUGA